GUGAGUGGUUGUAAUCUGAAAAAAAGGGAAAAAUGCCAUUCUUGAACAUUGGGUGGGCAUAUUGAAAAUGCCAUGCAAUUUCAAUAAAGACAAACAAAUGUAAGAUAAUCCAAUUUAAGAUAAUUCUGUUAACCAUUGUAACUCUUUCAGCUCAGGAAGCUUUAUCGUCUGGGAUUCAUGCCGGUCCUAAUAGGAAACACAGCAAAGGGAAGCAGCUGGGCAGCUGACGUUAUGGAGCCUUCUAACCCUCAAUCAGGUCUGGAGGAGGAAUGCCACAUAAAGAUUCAGAGAUGCUACGAAAAAAACGGCAGAAAGCCAAUUCAAUUGAUGUGGAGCAGAAGACAAGAAAUAAGAAGGAGAGUAGCAAUUCAUCCCCCUCUCCAAUUCCACCUGACCGUUCUGAACGGAAUGUCUCCUCCACCUCUGUCCCCUCACCCUCUGACCAACUCUCCUCCCUCCAUCCACCUCCCUCUCCUGUUAAAUGUUCCUCUCAGCCUUGCUCUCCUGCUAAACACCCCUCUCUCCCCCGGUCACCUGCCAAACACCCUUCCCCAGUGAAAUCCACUCCAAUGGUGUCCCUCCCUAGUUCUCUCUCUCCUACCAACCUUCUGGACCGUCAUGGACACACCAGCCAAGAGGGCGCAACUGUCAGACCUCUGUCUCUUCAGGACUACUCUAGCCCAAGGCCGCAGAGGCCUAUCUCAGCCGCCAGAAGCCGGACUCUUCCCAGGGCCAGCUCAGCCACCAGAGGGUCAGAGGAGACCCAGGGGGCCAGAGGAGAAUGGGGGGCAGGGGUCAACAUGGAACAUCUUGGGUUGCCUAACAUUGGCAACACUUGCUUCCUUAACGCCACCCUGCAGUGCCUUCUGGUCCUGCCUUACUUCUCAAAGGAAAUCCUACGCCAGGAACAACUCUGGAGCUCCUCCCCCUUCUCCAACCUGCUCAGGUCUCUGUCUGAUGUGCACCGUUCGGGUCUACCUGACAGUGGCGCAAACCAGGCCUCAAAAGCAGUCCUCAUGUGGAAGGUCAAGUUCUCCUUGUCAGGAUAUGAUUUGAAGUAUCUGGGGGACGCGCAACAGGACGCACACGAGUUACUUGUGAAUAUGCUGUGCCAGCUGAAGGAGGAGGGCAUGACACUGAAGAUGCUCGGGGUGAGCUAUACCUGCCCUGUUUCCCAGCUGGAGUUCCAGCUUGUGUCGGUGCGCACAUGUACCAGCUGUGGGCGCGAGUCGUCCACCAGAGAGGACUACAACAACCUCUCAUUGGACUUCAGCCCUGAGCGCACCUUGCUGAGCAGCCUAGCACUCACUUUCAAGGGCAAAAAGGUUGAAUUCACAUGUGAGGGCUGCAAAGGCCUCCAGGCCUCAAAGGUGGAGCAGUUCCACACACUGCCUCUUGUGCUGGUUCUGCAUCUGAAGAGGUUUGGAGGACCUACGGGGUUGGAGAAGCUGGAGGCUCCUCUUUUGUUUCCUCCAGAGCUGAGGCUCUCUGAUCUCUGUGGGGACAUGGUUCCAACCCUGCACAUUGCCAGCCCACAGGCCCUCACCAACCAGGCCCCCACCAAGUGUCCAGCCCACCUGGACAGGCCAAAGACAGCGCCCACUGCUGUUCAGAAGCAGCAGCCAGUGAAGUCAGUGAAUGGCUACUACCAGCUGACUGGCGUAGUCUCUCAUUUGGGAGGCCUCGCAAACUCCGGGCACUACGUUAGUGACAUCCUGAAUGCCAGUGGAAACUGGUUAUGUUGUAACGAUAGCCAGGUGUCAAUGUCCAAUGAAGCCACUGUGCUGAGGACCAGAGCCCGGAGUGCUUACCUGCUCUUCUAUAUGUUCAGGACAGGAGAGCAGCAGGCCCCAGCACACAGGGCCUAAUAGGGCCACCAGCACCAGCCUCAACAGGGGCAGAACCUGGCCCAGCCUCAACACCCCAAGCCCAGACUCAACACCCAUAGCCCAGCCUCAACACCCUCAGCCCAGCCUCAACACCCUCAGCCCAGCCUCAACACCCUCAGCCUAGCCUCAACACCCUCAGCCCAGCUUCAACACCCUCAGCCUAGCCUCAACACCUUCAGCCCAGCUUCAACACCCUCAGCCCAGCCUCAACAGGGGUAGUACCAGGCCCAGCCUCAACACCCCCAGCCCAGUCUCAACAGGGGUAGAACCAGGCCCAGCCUCAACACCCUCAGAUCUGCCUCGACAGGGGCAGCACUGGGCUCAGCCUCAACAGGGGCAGCACUGGCUCAGCCUCAACAGGGGCAGCACAGGCUCAGCCUCACACCCCCAGCCCAGCCUCAACACCCCCAUGUUUGCCCCUCUUCAUGUCUUUCCCUGACGAUAUUCCCACUGCUGUGUCAAAAAAUAAAAUAAUAACUUAACGAAUCUGA